AUGUCCUACUAUGACAUCGACUCCAUUUUAACAGACGCACAAAAACUGCCAUGUACAUUCGAGCUUGAGGUACCGGGGCUAGGAAUUAUCGAAGGCAACCCAGGCGAAGAUAUUAAAGCGGGAACCCGAAUCGACCUGCCACUAUGGCUUGGUGAAAUGCUCUCGAUCGGAGCGCGACUGGGCACAUCUCGUCUCGUCACACUCGACAUGCCCGAGGCACUCUCGGAGCGGGUGAUGAAUGCCCUGAAGGCAGACCCCCGCACGAUCGACCUGCGUGCUCUAGCGCCUCAUUUUUACAACCUCAGCGAACGUAUUCUCGAACUAUUCGAAGAAGAAGAGAUGGUCGAUGUCCUGUGUGAUACAUUCAAAAGACGGGCCGCGGAGGUUGCCGAUCAUGCGCAUAAUUCGCGUGGUGCGGUUGGGGACGGAGUUGACUUUUUACGUGGCUUGGAUGAGACAGAGCGACAGUUGUUCCGGGCGGCUCAUGACCGCGCGAAAGAUAUGCGCAUUUGGGCUGGAGAGGCGAAGCGGAAAUAA